GAAAUGGUUUCCGCUUCUGAAAAAGCACAUACCAUCCUCCUCGUUCAACCCCUGAAGAGACCUGAGUCGAAGACAUUCGCAGAUUACGAAAGCGUCCAAGAGGCACUAGAAGGAAUCUGCAAGAUGUUCGAGGAGCAUCUAAAGAGAACACAUCCGGAGGAGCCGACAAUCACAUAUGACAUCGCAGAGCUGUUUGAGUUCAUAGACUCUCUGCCCGAUCUGUGCUGUUUAGUUAUGGUCAAGGGCCAGGGUGUCUACCGUCCGCAUCCGAAAGAAUGGAUUAAAAACCAGACAUACGAGCAGCUCAAAAGUCAGGCCAAAGGAAGGUGAUUAUCUGAUAUAGCUCGACAAGCAAUAUCGGCUAGAGUUUUACAGAAAUGUCUGUCCAACAGAAGGUUUCAGGCAAUUAUAUGUGUUCAUUUGGGAAUUAUAAGCUGGAUGAAAUCUUUCUGCGACCUUAGGAAACCAGCAUAUAUGUCCGCUCAAUUUAAGAUGCUCCUGUCAAUCAUGAAAAAUUUGCAACCGGUGCAAUUUUGUUUUCCCCUAAAACUGAUCUGUAGAAUUUACUAAAUUCUUGUUCUUUAAAUUAUUCUGUAUUAAACUUAGUGUUGUUUUCUCUCAUGUUAUUUGUUCCAAUUUAAAAUAAAUAUCG